AUGAACAGAGCAGCUGCCGACCUGGUGUGGAAGGAAUACAGCCCGCUGCGGCACCCGAAUGGAGAGACGACCGUUGCAAACGAUGGAACGGACACCAGCCUCCAGAGACUCAAGAAUCACAACCUUGACGCUGUGUACGGCGUUUAUCAGCCACCAACCGUUGCCCCGCGGCCUCAGACGGCCGGUCAGCCCACGCAGAGGGCACCGAGCACGCAAGCGACCCAACAGCCGACGACCGUGCCAUCGUCAUACGCUGCUAUCGAUCUUGGGCCACGAUCGGCACCGAUCUCAACUGGGAUGAGACAGCUCCCUCCUCGCAGCGACCUCAUCCAGAGAGCAACAACGCAAGCCCCAACUGCCGACACGGUCGCGACGUGGACCGAGUACCCCGCAUCACCGUAUAACCACGGGACAUGGACGGCUGAGGAAGAUAAGAUCUUGAUCCAGGCGCGGGCCCGGGGCCAGAACUGGGCGGAUCUCCAGCGCACAUACUUCCCCAGCAAGACACCCAACGCGUGCCGGAAGCGGUACGAGCGGCUGGUUGAGAAGCGGGGUCUACAAGACGCCAGCGGUCGCAGGCUCGAGGCGGUCGCGAACGAGUAUAUGCUGAUGCGGAAGCAAAUGUGGUCAAAGCUGGCAGACAGAGUAGGUCUGCGAUGGGAGGUUGUCGAAGCCAUGUGCAUGAGUGCCGGUCUCCGAACGAUCCAGUCCAAUGCGCGAGCAUACAGUAACCGAGCUAGACGAGAAGAUCGAAGAAGAGCCCGCGAGGCCCAGAGCCAGACCGGGAUCAUCAACAUCGGGUCGCUGGACCUGCCGCCUCUCAUAGCGUACCAGAGCGGGCCGCAGGUCGGGACAGGCCUCGCCGGCCACGCCCCUGGACCACCCACUACGUCGGCCAGUCUUAGUCGGCCACCGCUGGCUCCGGCCGCCGGAAACAGGAUGGUCAAUGUCGCCAUACAGCCUCCAUCGCUCAUCGACAGCCCACCGCUUGCGGGUCGCCUGCCGCCGAUGCCACAAGCAUCGUUCGGGGACGGUCGCGCAGCAGGGCAGACAAGACCGCCGUGUGCUCAUGAGCUCGACUCUUAAAACAGGGAAGCGCAGAGAUCUAGAGGCAACGACUUUUUGGUCAACUGGAAAUUUUUGGUCAAGGAGGAUAAGGAGGAAGGAGCCAGGCCUGGGAUCUGGCGGCAGGGAACCAGCGGGAAUCCUAUCAAUGAGGAGAGUCUGCUGGCGAUGUUUGAUCGCCUCAUUGACCAAGGUAUCGUCAAGUUUACCACAAACUACCGCACUGUCCGCUUGGAUUAUGACGGUUUUUCAUUUGAAUUCCGCAUAAUCCCCUCCCUCACCGACAAGCCCUACGUCACAGACUCCGAGUCCGAAUCAACUCCAAUAUCUCCCAACCCUACGCCUAUCCCCUCCGGCACAGGCUGCCGUCCCGGCGGCGACAUUGGCGUCGCCGGAUUCGAGCUGAUCCCCAUUCCCAACCAAACUUCGACCCACAUCCUGAUGGCCAACAAAUUUCCCGGAGCACGCCCUCACUACCUGCUGCUCACAGAUGACGGAUACCGUCGCCAAUUUGAAGCUCUUGAUAGUGAGGAUUUCACUGCCGCGAGGGAAGUCUUGGGGAAGUUGAACGAGACAAGAUAUCUGAUGCUGUUUAACUGCGGAAUCAAGAGCGGAUGUAGUAGGUUGCAUAAGCAUAUGCAUGUGUUCCCUGCUCCUGAUCCACAGGAGUUUAAACUCUGGCCGGAUCGGGUUGGGGAGGGAGAUCGGGGGAUAAAGCUGCCAUUUAAGGCCUUCGUGCACCGCUUUGAUGAUAAAGAGAAGCAGAACGGUGACAGCCACCCCCCAGUUGACAUCCUUCUCCCAAUCUACCACUCCCUCCUCCAGAAAUCUCGCGCCGCCCUUUCCAUGAGCGACGACGACCGCUCUGUCCCAGCACACAACGUCAUACUGGACAAAAACUGGCUUGUCGUUGUGCCACGGCGUUCAGCGGGCCCCGAUGGGGCCGGAGUCAAUGUGUUAGGGAUGUUGGGGAUUAUUCUGUGUGAUAGUGAGGAGGCAAUGGGGCCAUGGAUGGAACGGGGGCCGGCGAAUGUACUCGCAGAGGCGGGGGUGCCUGUUGGGGAGCGGAAAGAGGAGGAGUAA